UGUAAUCUUGGCCACUUUCUGGUGAGGCUUCUCUUCCUGGCUUGUAGCUUACUGCCAUCUCUCUGGAUGUAAGCCAGGCUCCAAGGAGCAUGCCUUUCAAUUCUAAUCCAGGAUCAAUGGCACUGAACUUUCAAAAUUUUAUGCACUUAAACCUCACCCCAGGUGGAUAGUGGCUCCUAGUGGAAUUCCUUUUCUGUAUCUCCGAGUUCUCCUUCCUGAGGAGUGAGACUUUUGACUUUUCUAAUUCUGAGCCUCCUCCAUUUGGUGCUGCUCAUCUUUCUGUUUUGGGUGGCUCAGAGCCCUACACUCUUUGAAAUUGAGUCCAAGUCCUCCAUCAUCUUUGUGACCUAGAUCUCUUCCUUCUCUACGUGACACUGGAUACUACUCAUUUGCAUUUUAACAAAGAGCUGCUAAGUUUAGGAUCAUAGAUGGAAUGUGACAAUUCAUAUAUCAUCUGUGAAGAGGACUGACUAACCUGAAAGAGCCAGAGAACCAGAGAGGAUUCCCUAAAUUGUGCUUUACGACAGACUAAAUUGGGCAGAGGUAAGAGACAGGUACAGUGAAGCAACAGGUAGGGGGCAGAUUUAUGAGAAAAAUAUCAAAUCAGUGAGGAGAAGCUAUAUAUCAAUAGAAAGAACAAAGGUCAGGACUGCCUAAUUGCUGACAUGAUGAGACUCACUGAGGGGGUGUUCCUGUUUCUGUGUGGCAUUCAAUUUACACUGGGAAUUCUGGUGAAUGGUUUCAUUGGGUUGGUCAAUGGUAGGAGCUGGUUCAAGACCAAGAAAAUGUCUUUGUCUGACUUCAUCAUCACCAACCUGGCACUUUCGAGGAUCAUUCUGCUAUGGAUUCUCUUGACUGAUGGUUUUUUAAUGGUAUUCUUUCCCAACGCACAUGAUUCAGGGAUACCAAUGCAAAUUAUUGAUGUUUUCUGGACAUUUAUGAACCAUCUGAACAUUUGGCUUGCCACCUGUCUUGGUGUCUUCUACUGCCUGAAAAUCACCAGUUUCUCUCACCCCACAUUCCUCUGGCUCAAGUGGAGAGUUUCUAGGGUGAUUGUAUGGAUGCUGUUGGGUGCACUGCUCUUAUCCUGUGGUAGUACCAUAUCUCUGACCAAUGAGUUUAAGUUCUAUUCUGUCCUUAGGGGAAUUGAGAGCACCAGGAAUAUGACUGAACAUUUCAGAAAGAAGAUGAGUGAGUAUUAUCUGAUCCAUGUUCUUGGGACUUUGUGGAACCUGCCUCCCUUAAUUGUGUCCUUGGCCACCUACUCUCUGCUUGUCUUCUCCCUGGGGAAGCACAGACGGCAGAUGCUGCAAAAUGGUAUGAGCUCCAGAGAUCCAAGCACGGAAGCCCACAAGAGGGCCAUGAGAAUCAUCCUCUCCUUCUUUUUUCUCAUCUUACUUUACUUUCUUGCCUUUUUAGUUGCAUCGUCUAGUCGUUUCCUACCAAAACCCAAGGUGGCUGUGAUGAUUGGCGAAGUAAUUACAAUGUUUUGUCCUGCUGUCCAUUCAUGUAUUCUCAUUCUGGGGAACAACAAGCUGAAGCAGACAUUUGUAGAGCUGCUCCGGUGUGAGUCUGGUCAUCUGAAGCCCAGAUCCAAGGGACUCAUUUUCUCUUAGAGUAACAAAAGGCAUGGAGUGGAGCCCGUGAGCCUUGUGGCCUGGCUCAAGACUACAGGACUCUUCCAGACCCUCCUAUGGUACCAGUUCCAUAACAUCACUAGGAGAGAAACACUGACUGCUUUGCCUCUGGUCCCUGGAGACCUGUUUCA